AGUAUUGCCAUUGUCACUAAUCGUGGUUGCCAGUUUACAACUUUGCUCCAGGCGGUAUGGGCAAACACAUUUCACAAGUUACAUCAAAAUUCACAUCAGUUCAGUUUACAAUUUUCGUACUUUCUUUGCGACUUGAAUGUGACUUAAUGAAUAGUUUGUGGUAUAAAGUGUAGAUCACACUGUAUAUUUAUUCACAUGUUUUGACAUUCCACUUAUCAGUUAUUUUUGCGUUUAUAAGUUAGGUCAGGACUUGGUAUCUGGUUGUACACUAUAUUUAUAUUGCAUUAGUUGUUAUUAAUGUAAGAUAGGAUAUUCAUGAGCACGAUGCACACUGAUACUUCUGAAAAAGUGCAGCUAUUAGAAUGAUAUGUCAGUCCAUCUACUAACUACUUUCUAUUGCGCUGAGAGUGGGUUAUUUCAACACUGCUUUAAAGUGGGCCGCGAUACGAGUCUUCGGAAGACUUGUAGUACUUCAACGUUGUAAGAAUCAAGACAGUUGUUUGUGUGUGAUGUGCAAAGUUUUAUCGUGAUGGUGGAACGCGAAGGAAUGCGUCGAGGUGGAUGCGGCUGGGGUAGUGGAGUCUUCGGGAGAUGGUCCCUUCGCAGGCUUCUUCUGGACAGCCCCUUAGUUGGGAGGAGACUUACACAUUCAGUUUUGGAGCAGGCUGAAGGAAGAGCGAGUAAACAGAGUAAUGCUGAGCAAGCGUUGCCUCGCCAGCCGACAGUGCAGUACAUUGCUGAAGAUGACGAGGGGGAGUUGUUGGACUGCCCGCUGUGUCUGUCGGCGUUCAGCGCGACCGGGCGGGAGCGGCUGGCGUGGUGUGCCCACCGCUGCUGCGAGUCCUGUCUGCGCCAGUACCUCACCAUCGAGAUCUUCGAAGCCAGGGUGCCAGUUUGCUGCCCCGUCUGCCACGAGAAUAUGCAUCCCUCAGAUGUGAGGCGGAUAGUGGACAACCAAGCGCUCUUCGACAAGUAUGAGGAGUUUUCUGUGCGCCGAGUGCUGGCUGCAGAUCCCGACACGCGAUGGUGUCCCGCGCCAGACUGCAGUUUCGCCGUGGUGGCGACGGGGUGCGCGUCGUGUCCCAAGCUAACGUGCCUGGCGCCCGAGUGCGGCACGUCAUUCUGUUAUCACUGCAAGGCGGUGUGGCAUCCGACACAAACCUGUGACGCCGCGCGCCGCUCCCGCCAGCUUCAGCCGCGUGCGCCGCAGCCCUCGCACCCAGACAUGGAGCAUGGUGAAGUGAAGCCCUGUCCCCGAUGCUCAGUGUUGAUAGUGAAGGUGGAAGAUGGCUCCUGUAACCACAUGGUGUGCUGCGUGUGCGGCGCCGAGUUCUGCUGGCUCUGUAUGAAGGAGGUCUCCGACUUGCAUUAUCUGAGUCCAAGCGGGUGCACAUUCUGGGGCAAAAAGCCGUGGUCGCGCAAGAAGAAAUUGUUAUGGCAGCUGGGAACCCUGGCAGGCGCGCCGCUCGGUAUCGCGGUGGUGGCGGGCGUGGCCCUGCCCGCGCUGCUGGUGGGGCUGCCGCUGUGGGCGGGGCGGCGGGCGCAUCGCCGGCUGAGGCGCGCCAAGCCCGCGAGACGCCGCGCUGCCGUCACCGCCGCCGUGGCUGCUGCGCUGCUGGUGUCGCCGCUGGUGGCGGGCGUGGCCGUGGGGGUGGGCGUGCCCAUCCUGCUGUUCUACGUGUACGGCGUGGUGCCCGUGUCGCUGUGCCGCGCGGGCGGCUGUGCGGGCCCGCGCACAGACCCGCGCGACGACGCCGACGUCUACUCCAAGCGACCGGAGCCCAGCAUCGGUGACGCGUCACUGUCGGCCACGUCACAGCACGCGGAGGUGCGGGCGGCGUCGCUCGCGGGUCUGGCGGGCUCUCUGGCGUCGCACGACACGCACGAGGCGCACUACGCUAACUACCCGCUCUCGCCCUCACACCGACUGGAGGUGACCGCGGACGUGGCGGCGUCGGACUCGGCGAGCGCGAGCAGCGAGUGGCCCGACGAGCUGCCGUCGACGUCGGCGUCCACGUGCACGUCGACGCGGCGCCUGCGCAGCCUGUUCCUGUACGGCUCGCCCACGCCGCCCACCCCGCCAGACCCCGAAGCUGGUUCUUCAUUACCAAUACACUCGAGUAGAAUAGAGCUAGCGACGUGUGAAACGAAGAAUGAAGAUUCGUAACGAACCGCUGGCCGCUCUCGGGCUUCGUGUUGCGUCGGCUCCAACGAGUCAGUGUUCGUCCCGGGUGGGAACGGUCGUCACUUGACAGUGCGGAUAAUGCGUAGGAACGUGUCUUAGACGAUGUAUGAUUGGACAGACAAAAGUCUGCUUCGGCUACGGCCAUCAUUGUCUCUCUCUGGCAGUAACAAAUCUAUUCAUCUCAGCGAAAGAGUCGAUUUAGGUAUAUAUUUCAGUCCAAAUUGUUGAUUGUUCUAUUUAUUAUUAUUUUUUCUUGAGACUACUUUCUAUUAUGACAUUUUCUGAACAGUGUACAUAGUAGAGUCGAUAAUAUUUGAUACUUAUUCUGUGUAUAAGAUGAAAGUAAAAGUUUCUCAAAUAAGCCUUAAUGUACGGAAACAUCGAAACUGUAAAUAUUUUUUUUUAAUUCAAUUUAUAUUUCAAAGCCCCGUUUAGUAUUUUUAUAUAUUAUUUCUAUUGUAAAUAUGUAUAUAAUAUGUUUUUGUUAAUGUCACCAUCCUUAUUGAGAUAAGCAAAGACGAAAUUGUGAGUUACUUGACCGUCUUUGACAUCCCUUAAAUCUUGAUUGUAAUCUACUUACCCAACGUCAUAGAUUCUGAAGUUUUUUUUUUCGCAACCCACUUCGUAGUUAAUCUUUGUGAUAGCAGUAAGUGAUUCCAUCCUAUGAACAAUAUUAAAGAUCGAUUUUUGUCAUCGGGCUGCCCGCCUUUAUAUCAAAUCGUAUGAAUUUUCUAUAUCGUUGUAAAUAUUCCGUGUCGUUAGUCGUUGACAAAUUUUAUAAUUAGCUUUUUAAUUAAAUUCAGGUUAAUUUAAAAACUGAUUAUAUUAUUUAUAAUGUAUAUUUAAGCGGCGAAGUUAUGGCGAGUUAUAACGACAUCUAGCAAUGAGAAAACUUUAAUAAUUACAUUGAGAACUUAUUUAAUUACAGACAACAUAAGCAAGACAAUAUUCAGUAAAAAUAAUAUUAUAAAUGUCUUUCUAGUCAUAAUUUUGAAGUUGCUGCAAAUUGCUAGCUCGUGUCACACUCAAAUGACUUAGACAUAAACAAGUCAAGCGAAGUGAAGCUAUAUAUCAAGUUGUUUUAAGUCUAGUUAAAUGUUGAAAUAAUAAUAUAGUUGGUGUAGUUUCUUGGAAAACAUCAUAAACAACGAACCGCAGCCAUUUUUACAAAUUCGGCUCGAAGGACUAAAAAUAUUCAAAUUUAACAACUUGCCGGUAUUACCCAACAAGAAGCAUUUAAAAGGCAUAAUCAAAAGCUAAUUUCAGCGUAUGUUAUAAUUCGAUAACGAUGUAUGGCAAAAUAUGAUCUAGAUAUAGAAAUCGCCAAACGAAUAUUGUUUAGUUAUGCGGCGCUAACAACAGCUGGGCGCCGCCGAUAGACGCUUCGUACUUCGUUGAAUGCAUUCUAUCAAAUAUGUGAUACUCUAUAAUAAUUACUAUUAAUGAUCUAAAUUAUUUAAUUUUUCACAUUUGUAGGCAAUUAUAAGUGUAAAGUGGUACGCUACGUGAAUCAAGUGUAAACUAUCAUAAAACUGUAAUUAUA